AUGAUCUUGAUUCGAAGGCUUUGGCUGGUGCCAGCGUUCUUCAUCGCGUGCGUUGUAUACUACUUAGUCCUCCAACCCAGCCAUGCUCCGUCUUCAUCACAAUAUCCUGGCAGCGCGUCCGGGGGCCAGCUGCACUGGACGAAACGUCCCGAGAGAUAUCCCAUCACAAACCAACGAAGUCUACCCGCCGGCCCUCUAAGGGAUAUCCCCAAGAUCCAAUUUGGCUUUCAUUCCAGGACCGAGUCGUCGGACGAGAAGAAAACGAGGGAAACAAGACUAGGUGUUGUCAAAGAUGCCUUCACACACGCGUGGCAGGGGUACAAGAAACAUGCCUGGGGCGCAGACGAGGUCGGCCCAUUAAGUGGAACGGCGCGUAUGAGUUUCGGCGGAUGGGGCGCAACGCUCGUUGACACCAUGGACACGCUCUGGAUCAUGGGUUUGAAGAAUGACUUUGAGCAGUGCGUAGAGGCUGUGAACAACAUCGACUUUACGACCAGCCGAGAAGAGACGAUCAACGUGUUUGAGACAACGAUACGAUACCUCGGCGGCCUCCUCGCUGCGUACGAUCUUUCUGGUGGCCAGUACCCGGUCUUGCUGGACAAGGCGCGCCAUCUAGGCGAGAUCCUAUACUCCGCGUUCGACACGCCCACCCACAUGCCCAUGGCGCGGUGGAAGUGGCGCAUGACUGCUGUCGGUAGAGAAAUCGAGCCAAGCACCAACACUCUACUCGCAGAGAUUGGCAGUCUGUCCGUCGAAUUCACCCGCCUGAGCCAGCUUACUGGGGACAUGAAGUACUUUGACGUGAUUCAGCGUAUAGCGGAGACGAUGGAGUUGGCGCAGAACAAGACCAAGAUCCCCGGACUCUGGCCGACCCUCGUCGAUGCGAAGGCACUUACGUUUGAUGUCAACCACUUCACAAUGAGCGGCAUGGCUGAUUCGACGUAUGAGUAUCUACCGAAGCAGUGGCUGAUGCUUGGGGGGCGCGACGAGAAAUACAAGCACAUGUACGAAGAAGCCAUCGAGGCCGCGAAGAGAUACCUCUUUUUCCGACCGCUCGUCCCCGGCGAGGAGGAUAUCCUGUUCAGUGGCAACGCUGCAUUAACGGCACUUCAGACGAUACCGAUUUCGAGUCUCGAACCUCAGGGACAGCAUCUUGCCUGCUUCGUUGGAGGAAUGGUCGGGAUCGGAGCGAAGAUCUUUGACCGCCCCGAUGAGCUGCCCAUUGCACAACGGCUAGUCGACGGAUGCCUUUGGGCGUACAAGUCCAUGGCGUCUGGCCUCAUGCCCGAGACUUUCCACCUCGCCCCGUGCCAAGUCGGGGUCAACGCGGCGCCACCGGGCAAGUGUGAGUGGACAGAUGCGAAAUGGUACGAGGCCGUCUGGAAGAAGUAUUCCCCCGACCCUCCCAAGGACUCGACUCCGGUGGAAAUGGGGAAGAAACUCGUUGAGCAGAACCAUCUAACCCUCGGGUACACGGACCACGGGGACAACCGGUACAUUCUCCGCCCCGAAGCCAUCGAGUCUAUCUUCAUCCUCUACCGCAUCACGGGCGACAAGAAGCUGCAAGAGGCGGCGUGGGCCAUGUUCCAACGCAUCAACACCGCGACCAAGACGGCCAUUGCCCACGCUGCCGUGAACGACGUGAGAGCGCAGAUGCCCGAGCAAAGUGACCGCAUGGAGAGUUUCUGGCUUGCCGAGACGUUGAAGUAUUUCUAUCUCAUUUUCAGCGACCCGUCGGUCGUGGACUUAGACCAAUGGGUGUUUAACACCGAGGCUCAUCCAUUGAAGAGGCCUACUGCUUGA